AGCCAGCGCGCCCCGCCCCCCUGUGUGUUAGCAUCAUGGAUGAAGGUGUAGAAAAAUUUGCCAGGUAUGAUUUAAACAUUAGGCAGCUGCUGGAAACGGGAGUCCAGGGACUCUGCGUCUCGAUUUAACGUCUAACUAGAUGACCAAAAAAGGUGUACUGUGUUAAUCUGAGGCUUGUUUUAAUUGCGGUGGAGGAGGUGGAGAACUGCCGUGAACCUGAAGAUGAGGCGUCUGUCAAGAAAGAAAGCGCUGAGCCUGGUGAAGGAGCUGGACGCCUUCCCCAAAGUGUCAGAGAGCUACGUGGAGACAUCGGCGUCAGGAGGAACAGUGUCACUUUUAGCGUUUAGUGCCAUGGCACUUCUGGCUGUCUUAGAGUUCUUUGUUUAUCAAGAGACUUGGAUGAAGUAUGAAUAUUCGGUCGACAAGGAUUUUUCCAGUAAAUUGAGGAUAAACAUUGACAUAACAGUCGCCAUGAAAUGCCAGCAUGUGGGAGCAGAUAUUCUGGACCUGGCGGAAACCAUGAUCACAUCUAAUGGCCUGCAGUAUGAACCUGUUAUUUUUGAGCUGACCCCGCAACAAAGACUGUGGCAAAGGACGCUGCUUCUAAUACAGAACAGGCUGAGAGAGGAGCACGCUCUGCAGGAAGUCCUUUAUAAAACUCUCCUGAAAGGAGCUCCCACUGCUCUGCCACCACGGGAGGAUGCCUCCAUGGAGCCCCUCAAUGCCUGCAGGAUACAUGGACACGUCUACGUCAACAAGGUAGCAGGAAACCUGCACAUCACUGUUGGAAAGCCCAUUCACCAUCCUCAGGGCCAUGCACACAUUGCAGCUUUUGUGAGCCACGAGACGUACAAUUUCUCCCAUCGAAUAGACCAUUUAUCUUUUGGGGAGGAGUUACCAGGCAUCAUCAAUCCUCUGGACGGCACAGAGAAAAUCACCUAUAACAAUAACCAGAUGUUCCAGUACUUCAUUACAGUGGUGCCCACGAAACUGAACACAUACAAGAUAUCCGCAGACACACACCAGUUCUCUGUGACUGAGCGAGAACGGGUGAUAAACCACGCCGCGGGCAGUCACGGUGUUUCGGGCAUCUUCGUCAAGUACGACACCAGCUCUCUGAUGGUGACGGUCAGCGAGCAGCAUAUGCCGCUCUGGCAAUUCCUGGUGCGACUGUGUGGUAUAAUCGGGGGCAUAUUCUCCACCACAGGGAUGCUUCACGGGCUCGUUGGCUUCUGUUUUGAUGUCGUCUGCUGCCGCUUCAAACUGGGACUCUACAGGCCCGGAGAGGACGCACAGCUGCACCAGAUGAAUAAUCUGAACCACCACCAUACUCCUCUGCUGGCUGACAAUCCCCCUCGGUAGUAGCCGCCGAUUCCUCGGCCUGCACGGGUGACCCGACAAAUAAUGAUCACAGUUGCUGCUUUCUCCUCAGAAACUUGAGUUCGGAUUUUCACUUGAUAUUUGUUUAUUUAUUAGAGUUUAUAAAGGUUUUUCAUUGGCAGCAUUACCAUACUGUAUAUCACAAAAUGUUUUUCGUCCAAAUGACCAAAAAAAAAAAAAAAAAAAAGAAUUAAUAAAAAAGCCAUCCUGUUUACUUAAAUAGUAGAGUUAGCACUAACUAUUGCACUGUAGGAGAAUGUGUACCCUGUGACUCUGGUCAUAUUUGAUAACGGUGAUGCUGACAGUUUUGUUGUUACUCCGAUUAUGUUAAAGUUUAAAUUCCCAGGAGGUCAUUAGCACCGCUGGUUUGUUUCACAGCAUUAAAGUAUAAAAUUAAAAAAAAGA